AUCCGCGACUACCCCGUGGUCAGCAUCGAGGACCCCUUUGAUCAGGACGACUGGGCCGCCUGGGUGGCCUUCACCGGCAGCGUCUCCAUUCAGGUGGUUGGCGACGACCUGACGGUGACCAAUCCGAAGCGCAUUCAGACGGCGGUGCAGAAGAAAGCUUGCAACUGCCUCCUCCUCAAGGUCAACCAGAUUGGCACCGUCAGCGAGGCGAUCAAGGCGCACCAGCUGGCCAAGGCCAACGGCUGGGGCACCAUGGUCUCCCACCGAUCCGGCGAGACGGAGGACACCUUCAUCGCCGACCUGGUGGUCGCCCUCUCCGCCGGCCAGAUCAAGACCGGCGCCCCCUGCCGCUCGGAGCGUCUCGCCAAGUACAACCAGCUCCUCCGCAUUGAGGAGCAGCUCGGUGGGCCGACGGUGGCCAAGUUUGCCGGCAAGAACUUCCGCAACCCAGUCUAG